AUGGGUAAAAAGCCAUUUAUCGAUCGCAAGCAAGCCAAGCACUACCACGUUGUCCACCGAUCGCAACGCGAUCCACUGAUCCACGAUGCCGAUGCUUCCGAUCGAGUGCUCAAAGAGGUUAUUCCUCCCAACAUGUUGAAGCACAAGACACAAGAAGAGAUAGACGCUGUCAAGUAUAAGCCUGUGCGACUCAACCAAGAUGAGAUUGAUAGGCGUGUGAGUCAGGCCACAGCCCAGGGCAUUUACUUUGAUGAUGUGGGUGAUUACGAUUAUACGCAACAUUUGAGAACGAUUGGUGAUUCGACCGAAGCCGUCUUUUUGGAAGCGCCUCAACGUGAAGAAAAGCCCAAAAAGUCUUCUGGUGGUGACUUGAUGUUCAAGGAAGAUCAAAAAGAACGACAAGUGAUUGAACUACCAGCCGAUGCUAUGCCAUCCAACAUUGAACGUGAUAUCGGUGCCAUGGCCAAUGUUACUGGUUUGGAAGGAGGUUUACAACCCGAUAUGGAUCCUCGUCUUCGUGAGGUGUUGGAAGCAUUGGAAGAUGAUGAAUAUGCCGAUGGUCAAGUGGAUGAGGACUUUUUCGACGAAUUGAAUGCAGAGGGUGAUCCUUACAUCCCUGAGGAAGAAGACUAUGAAGAAUACGAAGAGGAAAUGGAAGAUGGUAGUUACAACUGGGAAGCUGCGUUUAGAAAUUUCCAACGAGGCAAACAAAGAGGUGGUUCAUCAGACUAUUCUGACGAUGACGACGACGAUCUUCUUGAACGACAAACCAAACGUACAGGCUUCUCGGUGUCAUCUUCUGUCAUGCAUCGUAAUGCUCAGCUGACUUUAUUGGAUGAUCGAUUCGAAAAGAUCGAAGAAGAAUACUUUAAGGAAGAUGAUGACGAGGAGGAGGAUGAAGGCAAUGGAUUGGAAAACUUGGAGGAUCGUGCCGACUUUGACAGUAUUUUGGAUGACUUUUUGGACAAGUAUGAAAUCGUUGGACGCAAAAUGAAGCCGAAAUUGGAGGGCGAUACAAGUGGCGAGAAAUUGGAUACCCUGCGUCAGUCUCUUGGUGCCAUUCGAUUGUCAAAUGAGGAUGUCGAGGAUAAACCAAAGAGCCGCAAAGAGGAAGUGGAUCGUGUCGACAUUUGGGAGCGGCCCGUAAAACAGCGGGAAACGUGGGAUUGUCAAACGGUGCUGUCGACUUACUCUAAUCUCGAGAAUCAUCCAGCCAUGAUUUCCGACCGAGGAAAACCCAAAAAGAAGAUUGUCAUCAACCCCAAAACUGGCAUGCCAUCCUUAGUUGAACAAGAACCCAAGAAACCCAAACACCAACCCAUUCAAGAAGAAGAAGCACAUGAUGAUGAAGAGGACAAUGAAGAGGAUGAGGUGGAAGAGGAAGAGGAAAUUGAACCUGUGAAUUUGGGUGUUGCAAGAUCAAAGAAGGAAUCCAAAGAUGAAAAGAAAGCUCGCAAAGCUGCGGUCAAGGAAGCUAAAAAGAACCGACGAGAGACCAAAAAAUCAACCAAGGAAGCCUUCAAGCAAGAGGAAACUCGACAACGGAAAACGUUGCAGCAACAACGCAAGGCCAAAGGUGUUACCCAUAUUGCAUAA